AAAAAAAAAAAAAACAAAGUGAGAACGGUGCGGCCUACGUGCCAAAUAUAAUAAUAAUACGGUGAACCAUGGAUACGACAAUUAAUAGCAAUUGUACUAAACAACCUAAACAACAGAGACAAAAGAAUUUUAUGGAUAAUGAUAAUCUAUCCGAAGAAGAUAUUAGCUUAACAAGACAGCCCUUAAGAACGGCAUUAACUGGCUUCCGUGAAGCCAAGAAUGCUUUUGAAAAUGGUACUGAAGAGGUACGCCGUUUACUGUUGCAAGAGUGUUCACUGAUUUACGAAUGUCACGUAUGUCGUAAUCUGUUUAGGAGUUUAGCUAAUUUUAUCACUCAUAAACGCAUUUAUUGCAAAGAAUCUUUGCAAUCAUCCUACUAUCAUGGUAACCCGGAUCACAAUUCUAGUGUUAUCAUACAUACCCCAAAUGAUAGACAAAGACCAGAUGGAUGGUUUAUUAAGGCGCGCAGUACCGGUUCAUCGCCCGUACUAACCAAAACAAGUUCUAGCAAUCGAGAUCUUAGUAAAAUUAUUGAACGUCUUAAACGUACUGAAAUAAAUGUAUCCUCUGAUGAAUCGUUACGGGAACAAAAAUAUUCACCCGCAUCACCUGUCUUGCAAUUAGAACGAGUACCCACAAGCACGCAGGCGGUCUAUCAAACAUUAAAAUUUCAAGCGGCCGAUAGCAUUAAAACCGAAGUAAAUGAAGUUAAUCAUUUGCUGAGUGGUGACGCAGCUGUAUUAGGACCAGAUGGUAAAGCUGUAAAUCAAUUAGAUUUAAACGAUCCAUCAGUUGAAAAUCUUGUUACAGAGGACAAAAUCAAACUGACUUGCGAAUUAUGUAAAAUAACGUUUCUCACGGAGAAAACGUUAAAUAUUCAUAUACAAAAGAAGCAUACCUCCUCAACAUACGUAUUUCAAUGUCCAUCAUGUCCAUUAACUUUCCUUCAACCGGCUGCGGUAAUACGUCAUUUAGCUAAUGAGCACAAAAAACCUUUAAAACGCAUUCGUAAAAUGCGUGACACCAUUUUAAGGAAACGCGUGCAAAUGGGUGAUGUUCACAUCAAGGGACCUAGUCGUGAAUUGAAACGUUUGCAAUUGAACGAAGCCAAAGAUCUGCAAAAUAAUCAUGACAACAAUCAACGUUUGCUACCUUCAACGGGAACUAUUAUGACGUCGUCAGGGAAAUCAGUUUCCAUUUGUACCUUUUGCAAAAAAACCUUUGAAAGGCGGGCCGCUCUAUCAGCUCACUUGUUGAAUUGUUUGGCUAAAAAGAAUUCACCACCCAACAGUAGCCCAAGUCAGCCGUCUGCUAAUAAACAUUUAAAAAUAAUGCCUUUGAAAGUAUUACAACAGCAACAACAGCAGCAACAGCAACAACAUCAUCAUCAAAGUACUUUUAACAAUAACAAUAAUGAUAAUAAGAAAAAGGAAAGCCAGAAUAAUUUAAGUAAUGUUCAAAUAAAAAUUGAGCCCCUUGAUCAAGAAGAAGCGGAAAAAAUCCAGGACGAUGAGCAGAUGCAAAUUGAAUUAAACAAAAUGUUUGAAAAUCUUGGAAAGCAAGAUUUUGGCAAAGGCUUGCGAACAGUGUCUUUAGAUAAAUUGGACAUUUUAACAAGGCAGGAGAACGAUUGUCCUUGUCCCGUGGAAGAAGCUAAAGACCGGAAUAAGUCUCACGAUAUAUCCGACAUUGUAGAUGAUCCUGCUCCACUUCCACCUCCGUCUGCUGACGAUGAAAAAGCCCAGCAGAGUGAACAAAAGAAAUCAAAGAAAUUGUUAACCUGUCGUUGCAAAAUCUGUAAUAAACAAUUUAAUGCCUUAAGCAAUUUAAGACGUCACAUAUCUAUGUUUCACUAUCGUGCACGUCGUUUUGGUUGCACUUUAUGCGAAUAUCGGGCCUUUAGACGUUAUGAUAUCGUCAAUCAUUUGGGUUUUGUGCAUAAAAUGACUGGUGAAAGAGAUGUAAUGGCCUUGGAAUAUGUAUCUGUUCAUGAGGUGAACUAUUCGAAAGAUGAUGUGGAAAGCGAUAUUUUGGUGGUAAGUGAAGACAUAGAUAUCGAUAAAGAUGAUAAAUUAGAAACGGUUAUAAAGCGGAAGAAACGUAAAAAAUUAAUGCCGCUAGCUGAGGUCGCUCAUCCAGAAUCUUCAGAAAAUGGUCGUCUCAAAGGCGCAAAACAUAAAUUGCGUAAAGGAUUUAGGCAGCAAAUGGAAGGCAAUGCUAAAUGCACGCGGAAGAGGCCAAUUCGCAAUCGCAUUAAGCCAGAGAAUAAGGACUUUGUUUACGACCUCUCUAAUCUGCAGGAAGAUAGCCGUGAAAAUCAACGAGCAAAUUUGAAGAGACGUAAUACAUUUCUGAGUGAUCAUAAGAGCUCGUUAAGUUUAGAACUGACACCGCCUAUCAAAAUAACACCCUAUCGCUUAAGGAUGGAACCAUUAUUGCCCACAAAUAAAUCUUCCAUUAAAGGUAUUGUGGGGCGUCUCUAUCGUAGUGUGGUCAAUAACGGCUUAGCAGCCGCUUCAACGUUACCAGAAAUACCAACGGAACGACCGCAAAUGCGACCUCGCCUCACAUCUAUAUGCCGUAAUGAUUCCGUUGCAGUGCCUGUUAUUGAAACUUCCGAAUUAGAGGCAGCCCGCCUAAAGUCACCCUUCCUCGAUGACUCAUUUCUUGAGAAAUUGGCAAAACGUGCCAACACAACAUUUCGAUUAAAACCAUUACUAGCAUUACAGUCGCACAGCCCAUUGAAAACGUUAUUGCAAAAAUUCGAUACAUCUUUACAAAUAAGCAAAAACAAAACAAAUCAAUCUACAAGUAAUCAAGUCGCUGAAAAUGGCUAUAAUCAAACUUCGCUGAAUUCGUCGUCGUUGUCGUCGUCGUCGUCGUCGUCUUCGACUCUUGAACUUCCAUUAGAAACUGUAAAAGAAUCACCCGCCUUAAAUUUAGAUCACACACAAAAUGACCAACAAUUACAAAUUGAUACCACGCCUAAUGGCAAAUUGAUCGCGGAAACCUCGAGUCCGCCAUCCACACCAAAAAAACGUAUUAAUCUUACGCAACGUCUAAUAGAUUCUCGUUCUAAACGACAUGACAAUGUUUUACGUGCCGCUCUAGAACAAUAAAAUAUAUUAUUAGUUGAUAUUUCAUUUUCGAGCGGCUUAAUUAAUUUGAUUUAAAAUAAAAAAUGUAUUCCAAAAUAUCUUCAUCACAUUUAUCCCUGUAGUAGUGUGUUUUUGUACGUUGGUAUCUAAUGUAUACAAAAUAACGAGGCACAUAAAAGUUAA